AUGGGAUUAACUUUAGAUGAAUCAUCUUUUGAGGACACUAAUAUUGGAUCUUCUCCAUCAUCAUCAUCAUCAUCAUCAUCAUCAUCAUCAUCAUCAUCAUCAUCAUCAUCAUCAUCAUCAUCAUCAUCAUCAUCAUCAUCAUCAUCAUCAUCAUCAUCAUCAUCAUCAUCAUCAUCAUCAUCAUCAUCAUCAUCAUCAUCAUCAUCAUCAUCAUCAUCAUCAUCAUCAUCAUCAUCAUCAUCAUCAUCAUCAUCAUCAUCAUCAUCAUCAUCAUCAUCAUCAUCAUCAUCAUCAUCAUCAUCAUCAUCAUCAUCAUCAUCAUCAUCAUCAUCAUCAUCAUCAUCAUCAUCAUCAUCAUCAUCAUCAUCAUCAUCAUCAUCAUCAUCAUCAUCAUCAUCAUCAUCAUCAUCAUCAUCAUCAUCAUCAUCAUCAUCAUCAUCAUCAUCAUCAUCAUCAUCAUCAUCAUCAUCAUCAUCAUCAUCAUCAUCAUCAUCAUCAUCAUCAUCAUCAUCAUCAUCAUCAUCAUCAUCAUCAUCAUCAUCAUCAUCAUCAUCAUCAUCAUCAUCAUCAUCAUCAUCAUCAUCAUCAUCAUCAUCAUCAUCAUCAUCAUCAUCAUCAUCACAUCAUCAUCAUCAUCAUCAUCAUCAUCAUCAUCAUCAUCAUCAUCAUCAUCAUCAUCAUCAUCAUCAUCAUCAUCAUCAUCAUCAUCAUCAUCAUCAUCAUCAUCAUCAUCAUCAUCAUCAUCAUCAUCAUCAUCAUCAUCAUCAUCAUCAUCAUCAUCAUCAUCAUCAUCAUCAUCAUCAUCAUCAUCAUCAUCAUCAUCAUCAUCAUCAUCAUCAUCAUCAUCAUCAUCAUCAUCAUCAUCAUCAUCAUCAUCACAUCAUCAUCAUCAUCAUCAUCAUCAUCAUCAUCAUCAUCAUCAUCAUCAUCAUCAUCAUCAUCAUCAUCAUCAUCAUCAUCAUCAUCAUCAUCAUCAUCAUCAUCAUCAUCAUCAUCAUCAUCAUCAUCAUCAUCAUCAUCAUCAUCAUCAUCAUCAUCAUCAUCAUCAUCAUCAUCAUCAUCAUCAUCAUCAUCAUCAUCAUCAUCAUCAUCAUCAUCAUCAUCAUCAUCAUCAUCAUCAUCAUCAUCAUCAUCAUCAUCAUCAUCAUCAUCAUCAUCAUCAUCAUCAUCAUCAUCAUCAUCAUCAUCAUCAUCAUCAUCAUCAUCAUCAUCAUCAUCAUCAUCAUCAUCAUCAUCAUCAUCAUCAUCAUCAUCAUCAUCAUCAUCAUCAUCAUCAUCAUCAUCAUCAUCAUCAUCAUCAUCAUCAUCAUCAUCAUCAUCAUCAUCAUCAUCAUCAUCAUCAUCAUCAUCAUCAUCAUCAUCAUCAUCAUCAUCAUCAUCAUCAUCAUCAUCAUCAUCAUCAUCAUCAUCAUCAUCAUCAUCAUCAUCAUCAUCAUCAUCAUCAUCAUCAUCAUCAUCAUCAUCAUCAUCAUCAUCAUCAUCAUCAUCAUCAUCAUCAUCAUCAUCAUCAUCAUCAUCAUCAUCAUCAUCAUCAUCAUCAUCAUCAUCAUCAUCAUCAUCAUCAUCAAUCAUCAUCAUCAUCAUCAUCAUCAUCAUCAUCAUCAUCAUCAUCAUCAUCAUCAUCAUCAUCAUCAUCAUCAUCAUCAUCAUCAUCAUCAUCAUCAUCAUCAUCAUCAUCAUCAUCAUCAUCAUCAUCAUCAUCAUCAUCAUCAUCAUCAUCAUCAUCAUCAUCAUCAUCAUCAUCAUCAUCAUCAUCAUCAUCAUCAUCAUCAUCAUCAUCAUCAUCAUCAUCAUCAUCAUCAUCAUCAUCAUCAUCAUCAUCAUCAUCAUCAUCAUCAUCAUCAUCAUCAUCAUCAUCAUCAUCAUCAUCAUCAUCAUCAUCAUCAUCAUCAUCAUCAUCAUCAUCAUCAUCAUCAUCAUCAUCAUCAUCAUCAUCAUCAUCAUCAUCAUCAUCAUCAUCAUCAUCAUCAUCAUCAUCAUCAUCAUCAUCAUCAUCAUCAUCAUCAUCAUCAUCAUCAUCAUCAUCAUCAUCAUCAUCAUCAUCAUCAUCAUCAUCAUCAUCAUCAUCAUCAUCAUCAUCAUCAUCAUCAUAUCAUCAUCAUCAUCAUCCAUCAUCAUCAUCAUCAUCAUCAUCAUCAUCAUCAUCAUCAUCAUCAUCAUCAUCAUCAUCAUCAUCAUCAUCAUCAUCAUCAUCAUCAUCAUCAUCAUCAUCAUCAUCAUCAUCAUCAUCAUCAUCAUCAUCAUCAUCAUCAUCAUCAUCCAUCAUCAUCAUCAUCAUCAUCAUCAUCAUCAUCAUCAUCAUCAUCAUCAUCAUCAUCAUCAUCAUCAUCAUCAUCAUCAUCAUCAUCAUCAUCAUCAUCAUCAUCAUCAUCAUCAUCAUCAUCAUCAUCAUCAUCAUCAUCAUCAUCAUCAUCAUCAUCAUCAUCAUCAUCAUCAUCAUCAUCAUCAUCAUCAUCAUCAUCAUCAUCAUCAUCAUCAUCAUCAUCAUCAUCAUCAUCAUCAUCAUCAUCAUCAUCAUCAUCAUCAUCAUCAUCAUCAUCAUCAUCAUCAUCAUCAUCAUCAUCAUCAUCAUCAUCAUCAUCAUCAUCAUCAUCAUCAUCAUCAUCAUCAUCAUCAUCAUCAUCAUCAUCAUCAUCAUCAUCAUCAUCAUCAUCAUCAUCAUCAUCAUCAUCAUCAUCAUCAUCAUCAUCAUCAUCAUCAUCAUCAUCAUCAUCAUCAUCAUCAUCAUCAUCAUCAUCAUCAUCAUCAUCAUCAUCAUCAUCAUCAUCAUCAUCAUCAUCAUCAUCAUCAUCAUCAUCAUCAUCAUCAUCAUCAUCAUCAUCAUCAUCAUCAUCAUCAUCAUCAUCAUCAUCAUCAUCAUCAUCAUCAUCAUCAUCAUCAUCAUCAUCAUCAUCAUCAUCAUCAUCAUCAUCAUCAUCAUCAUCAUCAUCAUCAUCAUCAUCAUCAUCAUCAUCAUCAUCAUCAUCAUCAUCAUCAUCAUCAUCAUCACAUCAUCAUCAUCAUCAUCAUCAUCAUCAUCAUCAUCAUCAUCAUCAUCAUCAUCAUCAUCAUCAUCAUCAUCAUCAUCAUCAUCAUCAUCAUCAUCAUCAUCAUCAUCAUCAUCAUCAUCAUCAUCAUCAUCAUCAUCAUCAUCAUCAUCUCAUCAUCAUCAUCAUCAUCAUCAUCAUCAUCAUCAUCAUCAUCAUCAUCAUCAUCAUCAUCAUCAUCAUCAUCAUCAUCAUCAUCAUCAUCAUCAUCAUCAUCAUCAUCAUCAUCAUCAUCAUCAUCCAUCAUCAUCAUCAUCAUCAUCAUCAUCAUCAUCAUCAUCAUCAUCAUCAUCAUCAUCAUCAUCAUCAUCAUCAUCAUCAUCAUCAUCAUCAUCAUCAUCAUCAUCAUCAUCAUCAUCAUCAUCAUCAUCAUCAUCAUCAUCAUCAUCAUCAUCAUCAUCAUCAUCAUCAUCAUCAAUCAUCAUCAUCAUCAUCAUCAUCAUCAUCAUCAUCAUCAUCAUCAUCAUCAUCAUCAUCAUCAUCAUCAUCAUCAUCAUCAUCAUCAUCAUCAUCAUCAUCAUCAUCAUCAUCAUCAUCAUCAUCAUCAUCAUCAUCAUCAUCAUCAUCAUCAUCAUCAUCAUCAUCAUCAUCAUCAUCAUCAUCAUCAUCAUCAUCAUCAUCAUCAUCAUCAUCAUCAUCAUCAUCAUAUCAUCAUCAUCAUCAUCAUCAUCAUCAUCAUCAUCAUCAUCAUCAUCAUCAUCAUCAUCAUCAUCAUCAUCAUCAUCAUCAUCAUCAUCAUCAUCAUCAUCAUCAUCACAUCAUCAUCAUCAUCAUCAUCAUCAUCAUCAUCAUCAUCAUCAUCAUCAUCAUCAUCAUCAUCAUCAUCAUCAUCAUCAUCAUCAUCAUCAUCAUCAUCAUCAUCAUCAUCAUCAUCAUCAUCAUCAUCAUCAUCAUCAUCAUCAUCAUCAUCAUCAUCAUCAUCAUCAUCAUCAUCAUCAUCAUCAUCAUCAUCAUCAUCAUCAUCAUCAUCAUCAUCAUCAUCAUCAUCAUCAUCAUCAUCAUCAUCAUCAUCAUCAUCAUCAUCAUCAUCAUCAUAUCAUCAUCAUCAUCAUCAUCAUCAUCAUCAUCAUCAUCAUCAUCAUCAUCAUCAUCAUCAUCAUCAUCAUCAUCAUCAUCAUCAUCAUCAUCAUCAUCAUCAUCAUCAUCAUCAUCAUCAUCAUCAUCAUCAUCAUCAUCAUCAUCAUCAUCAUCAUCAUCAUCAUCAUCAUCAUCAUCAUCAUCAUCAUCAUCAUCAUCAUCAUCAUCAUCAUCAUCAUCAUCAUCAUCAUCAUCAUCAUCAUCAUCAUCAUCAUCAUCAUCAUCAUCAUCAUCAUCAUCAUCAUCAUCAUCAUCAUCAUCAUCAUCAUCAUCAUCAUCAUCAUCAUCAUCAUCAUCAUCAUCAUCAUCAUCAUCAUCAUCAUCAUCAUCAUCAUCAUCAUCAUCAUCAUCAUCAUCAUCAUCAUCAUCAUCAUCAUCAUCAUCAUCAUCAUCAUCAUCAUCAUCAUCAUCAUCAUCAUCAUCAUCAUCAUCAUCAUCAUCAUCAUCAUCAUCAUCAUCAUCAUCAUCAUCAUCAUCAUCAUCAUCAUCAUCAUCAUCAUCAUCAUCAUCAUCAUCAUCAUCAUCAUCAUCAUCAUCAUCAUCAUCAUCAUCAUCAUCAUCAUCAUCAUCAUCAUCAUCAUCAUCAUCAUCAUCAUCAUCAUCAUCAUCAUCAUCAUCAUCAUCAUCAUCAUCAUCAUCAUCAUCAUCAUCAUCAUCAUCAUCAUCAUCAUCAUCAUCAUCAUCAUCAUCAUCAUCAUCAUCAUCAUCAUCAUCAUCAUCAUCAUCAUCAUCAUCAUCAUCAUCAUAA